ACCAAAUAACCCCUGGAGGGGUGAAGGAAAAUGAAACUUAAGUCCUGCGUGAUCUCCGCCCCGGACACAGAACUCUUUAGCACCGGCUACUUUUAGUGGAAUCCUGGAGUUCAGGAACUAGCAUCCUUCUCAAGCCAUGACAUCAAUUCAAAAUGUUAAGGAACCUGAAGCAUAUGAAAGAACAAUUGUGGUUUCUAAUGUUCCAGUUGGAAAUGUUACUGAUGAAGCCAUGGCAGAUAUUCUGAGGAAUUAUUUUGAGAAGGCUAAUAACAAAGAUGGAAAAGUAGAAAAUGUAAUAUAUCCAACAGAUAUCAAAGGAGUUGCAUUUGUGACAUUCAAGGAAAUAAAAGCUGCUGAGAAUGUCCUUAAAAAGGAGAAACACUGUCUAAUAGAGGAGACUUGCCUCACUGUAUCUCAUUUCAGUGAAAAUGUUAUUCGGUGUGUUUUUGUUCACCUUGAUUUAUCCAUUUUUGGAAAGGGAGUUAUUCUAGAAAAUCUGGUGACUGAACUUAAGGAAAAAAUCCCAUCCUUGAAAUUCUACCCUGUGCAAACUAAUGGGAUAGUUGGUGUAAAAGGGUCAUUUUUAGCAAUCAAGAAGCUAAAGGAAGUUCUGUUGUUAUGGGCCAAUUCUCGUCAUAGAAAUGACAUUAAUUGGGUCUGUCUGAGAAAAAAGAAGAAAACGAAACCCCUUCCAGAAUGGAGCACAUCUGUAUCAUCAAGCCAGUCUGCAAUGCCAAAUACCACUGAAAACGAAGAGAUAAUUGUCAUUGAUACAGAUGUAUUUAAAUACAUGAAGUAUGGUAACCAAAUGUAUGAAAAUACUUUAAAAGAUUUUAAUAUUGUGAGUCAAGAGAUAGUUGAUGAUGAAGUCACCACAAUAUGUUUAAGGUGUUCUGAUUCUCGUUCUGAGUAUUUGAAAACAGUAAAGAAUUUAAUUGAGGAAUUUUCAUAUUCUCUUUCUCUUGAGCUUCGAAAAGAGACAUUGUCUUUUGAUGAAAAGGAUAUGAAUAAGGAGAAGCAGAUUAAGUUAGCAUGCCAAGUUUUGGAGCCACAGUACCCCCAGAUUCUAGUUGAAUAUAAUUCUAAGCAGAUUGAUAUCUUAGGGAAUUCUAGUGAUAUCUAUCAAUUCAAAAAACUUGUCAUAAAGUCUGCAAGGGAAAAAGGUAACUUCAGAAAACACAAUUACACUAACUAAAAUGUUGAAGGGCCCUCAAAUCUUUUCCCACAACCAGUAAUUUCAUAGGAAAAGAUAAAUUUAAACCUGUCCUUCAGAACAUCUAGUUGGUCAUGAUUAUGAUUCUGUCAGUAUCAUAAAUAUGUGGAAAAAUAUGGAUUGCUUUCAAAUAGAGUGCCAACAUAAAUCAUGCUAGAGUGACACUUAAAGAUGUUUUAGAAUAAGAUCUUCAUCAAUUAACCAUUAUCCACUAUGGUAAGACUAUUUGAUAUUUAACUUCCUUUAUAUUUUUGGGCAUGUUAUUCUUUAGUUUUCUCUCCAAGGACUCUAUUUUUUAAAAUAAUAAAUUUUAUUGAAAUCUUC